CGUGACGUGGAGCGAAUGAUGUGUAGGCUGCACAUGCAAUAAAAGUUACUGCACACCUACGGAUGUAGUAUCCGGCCGCACAGGAAUCGACGCGAUCGAAAGGAGUCUUCUUUAUUGCUUUAGCUGGAUUUGUACACGUGGUGAAGGACACAUAGUGCGAAGUCACACAUUAUAAAUAAAGUGAUCAGUAACUAAAUUCAUUGCAGUUCAAAAGGCCCGCACCGCAACCAGUAAUUUCACAACUGAACCAAGUUGAUCUAUUCGUACCUUUUGGUCCUAAGGAGGAUUUUUGUCAGACUGGGUAUUAACCGUCUCUCUCUCUCUCCAUUCUUCUUGGGAAAAAGUUUUCAUUUCCAUUUUGGAGUCGAGUUAAAACAACAGUGGAAAAAACACCAGUUAAGUCGAAUUGUAGUUAUUGACGAUGGGACAUCUCUUCGCAAAAUUGAGAAGUGCUCUUUCUGAGCUUGCUGGGGUCAGCGGUCCUCCAAUGCGCAUUCUCAUGCUUGGACUCGAUGCCGCAGGUAAGACAACAAUUUUGUUCAAGCUGAAACUGAACGAGGUUGUGACUACGAUUCCAACCAUCGGUUUCAACGUGGAGACAGUCAGUCCACUACCCGGGGUUACCUUCACCGUGUGGGAUGUUGGAGGCCAGGAGAGGCUCAGGCAACUGUGGAGACACUAUUACCAAGGAACACAAGGUUUGAUCUUUGUAGUUGACAGUAGCGACAAAGAGCGUUUGUUUGAGGCCCGUGACGAGUUAUUCGGCAUCCUGAAGAACCCAGAGAUCGGCCCCGAAGUGCCAGUGGUAGUCUUCGCCAAUAAACAAGACCUACCUGGCGCUCUCCGGGCAUCUGACAUCGCCGAAGCUCUGAACUUGAACCGCCUGUCUAAAACCCCCUGGCACAUUCAGGGGACCUGCGCUACGAACGGAGACGGCAUCUACGAGUCCGUGGAGAUGCUGGUCAAGAUGGUCCGGGAGAGUAGGAAGGCAGGGGACCGGCGAAAAGCAAUUAUGGGGUUGUUUCUGUCCAGACUAACUAGUGCUCUUCAGGAUUUUGUGUCGGGAGGCGCUCCCUGUCGAAUCUUAAUGCUUGGACUUGACGCUGCCGGCAAAACAACCAUUCUGUACAAGCUGAAACUGAACGAGACGGUGACGACCGUUCCAACCAUCGGUUUCAAUGUGGAGACGGUAUCCCCAGCCCCAGGUCUGACCUUCACCGUGUGGGAUGUGGGGGGUCAAGACAAGAUCCGAGCACUCUGGGAGCACUACUUCCGAGGCACUGAAGGUGUGGUGUUUGCUGUAGAUAGUUCCGAUUCCAGCCGAUUCGAUGAGGCUCGAGAGGAGCUGUUCCGAGUGUUGCAGGAUGAUAACAUGUUCUCCGGAGUGCCAGUAGUUGUCAUGGCCAACAAACAAGAUUUACCAACCGCUGCGAGCCCCUCAAAACUCUGCGAUGCCCUGCAUCUGCGCAGUCUGCCCAGGCAUAAUCCUUGGCACAUCCAAGGGACGUGCGCCACCAACGGCGAUGGUAUACUGGAAGCGAUGACAGCUUUGGGCAAGAUGGUCAAACAGUUUAAGAAGGACCACCGGCAUUAGAAUACCAUCUCGUUCAAACAUUUCAAAUGAAAAAAAAUGCAGGAAUAAGGGAGAAAUAACGCAUUCUUGCAGCUUAUCAUUGCAUACUGUGCAUGAUAGAGGAAAGGUUAAGUGUUUGUAACAGGGAAAACCUAAAAGAUGCAAUGGCUUCGAAUAAGAAACAGUUCCUAUGCAAGUCAAUAGUCAUCACGUCAGGUUUAAGAUAUUUUUCAAUGUGUAUAUUAGUUGACAUGUCUUUCUGAGCACGAGAUCUCUUUAUUAUCAAUGUCUUUAAACCUAGUGUUUUAAAAGUCAACUUGUAUCGAUUUUGAAAUGAUUUCAUAAGCUAUGAUGAGUGAUUUUUAAAGUUCUCUCCUCACCCUCACUUCUCCUGAGAGCUAAACCUGUGCGGUCACCCUUGCUUGUUUGUGGGAAUACAUGCUGUGUGAAUACAUUCUGUCAAUGAAUGAUGACGUCAACAACCCAUCAUGUUUCUGAAUUUUAAUAAUCCUACACUUGCGCUCAGCUCAUUUUACCAUCGGUUGAAACUUAAAUUACAGAAAAAGAUACAUAAUUAAGGAUAUUGUCUAAAGAGGAUUAAUAAUACAUUUUGUGACAUAAUGUAAAGCUAAAAAGCAACAUGUUCAUUUUAUUUCUAUAUUUUGUACAUAUUUUCCUAUUAAUGAAAAAGUAAGAAACAAUAGAUACUGUGAUAUGUAUUCGCUAAGUGAUUUCAGUGUACAGUUCAUAGCUUCUACAAUGUUCCUGUAUUGUUGAAAUUCAAUGAGGGGAUCGUUUAUAAUAAAACAGCAAAUCGAUAGCUCUUUAAUACAUAAAUAAACUGUGACGUUUACUUGGCAAAGUACGAAUAAUUAGAAAUGGCGUUCUCCGAAUUCGAAAACUGCUUUUGUGGGUUCCAAUGAAUCAGGAUACGCCUCAUUGAAUGCAUCCUAAAUUUCUUCAUCAUAUAUCGGACUUGGGGGAAGUGUAAUAAGACCGCGACGUCAAACACAUGUCAUGCAAUGCAAGUAAAUUGAAUACUCAUCCCAAAGUGAAACAUUGGGUGAAAGAACUUUUCAAACUUUUUCAGGUUAUCCAUAUUGGCAAAAUUACGUGUAGUUUUAAAUAAACAAUCUCUACACUGUAGAAAUAA